AUGAGCAGCGGUGAUGUAAACAAACUGAUUAGCCAAGACAUCCAGUGUGAAGAUACGUACAAGGAAGACAAAAUAAAAAUUGCCAACAGGCUGGUUAAAAAUUUCUCCCUCCUGAAAGAACUAAAUUUGUUAAGUACCAUAAAGGAUGAACACAAAGGAAGGAAAGUCACAAAUAGCUACAAGCAGGACACAAUAACGUAUGACAGUGAAAAUGUAAUUUAUGCAAACAAAUACGUCCUGAAUUUUUUGCAAUUAAAAGAGCAAAAGAGGAAGAAAGAAAAAGAGGAAGAAAACAGAAAAAUAAAAUUCAAUACCAAAUUUGCGCAGCCAAAUUUUUUGAGUGAAAAUGACAUAACCCUUAUUAAUGACACAUUGUAUGAAAAUUAUUUGGCCCUUUCUACAUACACAGAAAAAAUUAGGACGUGCGAUGAGCACAAUAAUUUCCACAUUUUUAACAACGAAGUGAUGGUAAAGCAUAUCCACGUGCCAACAUAUGACGUGGUGAACUGUUCUGCCCAUUCGGAAAAAACGUUGCAAAUGCUAACUUUGUUAAUUAAAAGCUACAAUGACUCUUUAAGUUUAAUUAAGCUGCAACAAAGUGUGAUAAAUGACUUCGCCUUUUACACACAUAAUUUGCUUAAGAACAAGCAGAGGCUCACUAGAAAAAAUGAACGUUUGGUUAAGGCCCACUCGGUUAAUGUGCGCGCGAAAGGGGAGCCACAGAAGGAGGGGUCCUCGGCAGAUGUAAGACCACCGCUCUGUAGCAGUGGAGAAUCGGGGGACACACAGCCAGUGGUGUCCAGUAGCCAAGGAAACCUCCCAGCCAUGUACAAAACGCAAAUUGAUUUAUACAGAAGGCACAUCAACCACCUGUAUCACGAAAAUGACCACUUGAAAGAGCACCUGAACAAUUGCAAG